AUGGACAAACUAAUGAAUUUGGGAAUUUCUACGUCAAUAGUGGUCGUGGUCUAUUUCUUACAAUUAAUCCUGCCUUGUCUUGCUUUCACUUCAUUCCUGUUUGGAGACUCUUUGGCUGAUGCCGGAAACAAUGACUAUAUCUUCACUUUUUCAAAGGCUGAUUCACCUCCUUAUGGCAUUGAUUUCAAGCCUUCCGGUGGCCGUCCCACCGGUAGAUUCACCAACGGCCGCACCAUCUCGGACAUUCUAGGACAAGCACUCGGAGCCAAAUCAUUUCCACCACCAUUUCUUGCACCAAACGCUACUCAAGCUAAUUCACUUCUCACCGGCAUUAAUUAUGCUUCUGGAGCUUCAGGAAUUUUGGACCAAACUGGCUUCUUGUUUAUUGGAAGAGUCUCUUUAAGGCAUCAAGUGAAUUAUUUUGAGCAAACCAGAGCUUAUAUGGUAAAAAUAAUGGGAGAGAAUGGCACAAAAGAGUUCUUAAAGAAGGCAAUUUUCUCUCUAACAAUUGGGUCCAAUGAUAUAUUGAACUAUGUCCAACCAUUAAUACCAUUUUUUGGGCAUGACAAGGUUUCUCCUAGUAUGUUCCAAGAUUUCAUGGUAUCCAACUUGACCGUACAACUUAAGAGACUCCAUGAUUUAGGAGCAAGAAAGUUUGUUGUAGUUGGGAUUGGACCACUUGGUUGCAUACCAAUAGUUCGUGCACUAAACCUAGUAUCAACUGGAGAUUGCUCGGUCGAGAUUAACGAAUUAAUCCGUGGUUAUAACAAGAAAUUAAACGAGACUCUUCAAGGAUUAAAUCAAGAAUUGGGACCGGAAGCCGUAUUGGUUUACGCUAAUCCCUACGAUAUUUUCCUAAGGAUCGUACUAAACUAUGAUCAAUACGGAUUUGAGAAUGCAUACAAGCCAUGUUGUGGGGGGUACUUCCCAUUUUUUCUAUGCUUGAAAGGUAGUAAUGGGAACACAAGCUCUACAGCUUGUGAAGAUCGAUCUAAGUAUGUGUUUUGGGAUGCAUUUCACCCAACUGAGGCUGCUAAUCUCUUCAUUGCAAAGGAAUUGCUAGAUGGGGAUCCAAGUGUAACCUUCCCAAUCAACAUUCGUGAGCUCUACAAUUACAAGUCCUAA